UGUAGAAUAUUAGUGUUACUGUUUUGUGCUUAAAACUUCUGUUUUAUUUUAAGUCAUAAUAUUUUCCUAUUCAGAAUUAUCGUAGCACACAAUUUGUAUUUCAAAUCAUACAAUAAAUACACUCUUUGAGAAAAGUAAAUAUUUUGUUGAAUCGGCGGUUCGUGUUUGUAUAACUUAAAAAUGACAGAUGAAACUCCACAAAAACGCCAAGAUGAUGAAUUGGUCGCUUUACAGGCUAUAUACGGUGAUGCAGUUGUGGAUAACAGGAAGAAGUCUGUUUGGAAUGAAUGGCGUCCUAUAGAUGUGCUUCUAACAUUGCUACCUUUAAACAGUUCUGAGGGUGUGCAUUGUAGGGCGACUCUGCAGUUCAUAUGCUGCCAUAAUUAUCCCGAUAAACCACCAAAGAUUCUUUUAAACAAAGUAUCGGGAUUAUCUGACGAUAAUGCUAACAAAUUACUGAACAAUUUGGUAGAUCUAGCUGAGCAGUUAUGUGGAGAAGUGAUGAUUUUCCAGCUUGCUCAGCACACUGAACAAUUUCUUCAUGACCACAAUAAACCAAUCUUAUCGUUUUAUGAUGAGAUGGUGAAGAAGAAGGAUGAAAUGGAAAAAUUAAAAAUGCAUGAUUUGCAAGUACGAGAGAAUGAAGAACUCCAAAAAAUGAAAAAUGAAAUUCAACGGCGCCACGAAGCACUUCGCGGCGACAUUGAGCCUGUAAAUAACUUGAAUGGUCAGGGCGAUGCACCAAAAUUGGUUUAUUACGCCGAUGAUAAAACGUCACCUGCUAAGCUAUCGCGGCGAAGUACUGGUUCGUUGCCUUGUACUUGCAACAUUAAAGGAACUCAAGUACUUCGGUACAGUCACAGAAACAGUAAGAAAGUAUACAUUGGAAAAUGUAUAGGUCAUUCAGCAAACGGUUCUACAACAUUUCUAGCGAUAGACGACGACGGAGAUCAGCUUGUUGCAAAAAAGUGGACCAUCUCACCAGCAUCAGAUUUCCAAACUCAAAAUCGUCAGUUGAAUUUAAUUCAACAAGACUUAAAAGCAAUGUGUCGGUUGAAACACCCCUCAUUAGUGCCAUAUGUAGCCAUGGAAAUAUUGACAGAAUCGAAACGGACAGCCAAUAAAUUAGUUUAUAUAUUCCGAGAUUUCGUUUUGGGCAGUUCAUUGAAAUAUCUUCGAGAACAUUCCAGUAAUUUUGGUGAUAAGUUGGAAGGCUUGAAACUAUUGAGGCAUGUCGGUUUAGCUGUGUUCAGUGCGUUAAAGGAAUUGCAUAGUGUUAAUAUUUUGCAUAGAGAUGUUCGGAAUGAAACCGUGUUUCUAGAAGACAGUGGAACUGUUAAAAUUGUUGGUGCGAGUUUAGAUGUAAGAUUAAGUGAAAUAAUGGAAGGCGAGAACUAUUGUGGUCGGCAGACAAAAUCUCAAGAUAUUUAUGCAGCGGCGCAGUUGUUAUUAUCUAUUGUAACGGAAGAAUCUGAUCAUGAAAUACCGCCCUACCUUCCGAGUUCAGCCAAAGAAUUCUUUUCGAGGUGCCUUACCGAAGACGAACGCAUACAGUGGUCAGCGGAACAAUUGGUGGAACAUGGUUUUCUAGUCGACAAUCCAACCAAGCUACCUCAUAGCAUAGAAAAUAAUGACCACGAUAGUGGAUCUGAGGAUGAAGAUGGUACCAAACGUAUUCACCAGAUAAGCACACUGGUAAAAGGUGACUCGCGCUUGAACAUCGAGUUUGAAAUUCUCGCGUGGCUGGGAAAGGGCGCUUUCGGGGAUGUUUUAAAGGUGAGAAACAAACUCGACGGCGGUUUUUACGCGAUUAAGCACGUCAAAUUGAAUCCUAAAAGUGUUGAUUUGAAUAAAAAAAUCACACGUGAAGUGAAGUUACUGUCACGCCUCAAUCACGAAAACGUUGUAAGGUAUUACAAUGCGUGGAUUGAAACGAUCACCGAGACGGACGUUGAAGAGAGCAGCGUCGUCAGUUCAGUCCAAUCAGUCGAGGAAAAGGGGGACAGCCUCGUAGAUGUCGUUGCGAAGUUAGGUCAGGAAGUCAAGGUAAACUGGUCCAUGUCAGAUGGUCCAGUUCAAGUAAGAGACGAGUCAUCAGAGAGCGAGGAAGAUUCAGACGAUGAGGAGCCGUGGUUCAACAUUAGUCCAGAAAACGAAAGCAGCAGCGUAAUAGAGUUCGAAGUGGAUUCCGAAAAGUCGGAGCAGAUAUCAUCCGACGACACAACACUGGCGUCACCGAUGUUGAAGCAAGUGCUCUAUAUACAAAUGGAGUUCUGCGAGAAGAACACGCUGAGACAAACUAUUGAUAAUGGACUCUAUCAAGAGCAUUUCAGGGCUUGGAGACUGUUUAGAGAGAUCUUGGAAGGACUAGCUCACGUGCACCAGAAAGGCAUGAUCCACAGGGAUCUGAAACCGGUCAAUAUAUUCUUAGACUCCAACGACCACGUCAAGAUUGGUGAUUUCGGCCUAGCCACGAAAGUUUUUACGGGACUCCCAGUGGAAGAAACUUCUCAAGACGAUGCCGACGGCUUAUUGACAGGCAAAGUUGGAACUGCUCUCUAUGUGGCUCCAGAACUACAACAGUCAGCGAGCAAAGUGAUAUACAACCAGAAGGUCGAUAUUUAUUCCCUUGGUAUUAUUCUAUUCGAAAUGUUUAACCCCCCAUUCGGAACCGGCACGGAGAGAUAUAUAGUAUUGACUAACCUUAGGAAGAAGGAAGUAACAAUGCCAAAAGAUUUCGAAAGAGAAGAGAAUUCCAAGCAAAUUCACGUUAUAAGAUGGUUAUUGGACCACGACGCGAGUGUCCGACCCACAAGCGCAGAACUGCUCGCCUCAGAACAUGUUCCAAGAGCAGUACCAGAACUCGCAUUAUCUGGUCUCCUGUCUCACACCCUUAGUGAGCGGGGAUCAAGAGGUUACCAGAGACUGGUCGCAGCUUGUCUGGAUCAGAAAACAUCUCCAGCUGAAGACAUCACCUACCAUAGGGCAAUAAAGAGUAAACCCAUGGACUACGUUGCGAGGAUCAAAGAUGUUGUUAUUAAGGUUUUCCAAAGCCAUGGCGCGUCGGAGUUUUCUCCGCCGCUGUUGACGCCCCGCGCCACACGUUGGGACCAGUACCCGAACGCUGCCAGGGUCAUGACGUCAUCGGGCACCGUGUGUCACUUGCCACAUGACCUAAGAUUACCAUUCGCUAGAUACACAGCACAUUCCGGUACGAAAUACAUGCGACGUUACGUCGUCGACAGAGUGUACAGAGAAACCGAGAGGACUAUCAAGGGAUUCCACCCGCGGGAAAUUAUCGAGUGUGCCUUUGAUAUCGUCACUCCUAAAACGGUAUUUGUUCCAGACACACUUUGGCCGGAUGCGGAACUUUUAGUCGUCGCCAGUAGAGCGGCGACGGAAAGUACACUAAAAGUAACGAUACAGUUGAAUCACACGGAACUGCUGAAGAUUUUGCUUCUGUCCUGCGGCGUUCCCUUGGAUAAGCACGUGGCUUUAUAUCCCGUAUUGAUGGAUGUCAGUUUAGGACGCAUAACAAGUCUCCAGCUCCAAACUCACCUCACAACACUUUGCGUAACUAAUCGUGAUAUAACGAACAUGCUGCGUCUGAUGGAAGCUGACGUGUCCGUCGAACUCUUACACGAGCUAGUGAGUUUUGUCGACAAGAAUAAAUGGAGUGCCGCACUGGAUAGAGCAAUACAACAGUUGGAAGCCGUCUGCAGUAAAGCUGUUGCUUUAGGAUGUGGUGUACCGAUAACAGUCGCCCCAUUCCUGGCGUACAACGCGACGCAGCACCGCGGCGUGUUCUGGCAGAUGUGCGUCGUGAGCCACGACCAGCGGCCGCUCAAGCAUCGCUCGAAGGACCUCAUAGCUGCCGGCGGCAGGUACGACAACCUCGUUGAGGAGUUCUGGAAGGUCGCUCGGGCUGAGAAGGAUCAUGACAAUGCUAACUUGACGUGCACGUCCGUGGGCUUCUCCAUGUCGCUGGAGAGGAUGGCCGCUAUAUUGAGGAGUAUGGAGGUGGAACUACCACUAAUUGAGAAGAUAAAUGAGCGGACCAUCGUAUACGUGUGCAUAUCCAACGGGUCGGAGUCGGGGCGAGACAGCGGCGACUCGAAGCGCGCCCGCCUCGCGCGCUCGCUGUGGGCGGGCGGGCUGCGCGCGCUGUGCUGGGCGGGCGGCGCGCGCGACGCGCACUGCUCCGCGCGCAGCGCCAUCGUGCUCGAGCACGACGGGCUCGACGUGCUCGUGUCCUGCUGGGAGGGCACCCGAGUUCGAGAACAGAAAGUGCCAUCUUCGAAAGUGAUUGAAUUCGUGAAACAAAAACUAAGCGCUGACACUAUUCGUAAUCCAGACUAUACAAAUCGAAUGAUCAGCUGGUCGGAAUGUGAGAAAUCAGGAGGUCCAACAAUAUCGGUUACGUUCAUAACAGCCAGCGAGAGAAUCACCAAGAGUAUAAAACGACAGUGCGAUGUGCAGAUCAACAACCAGACCACGUCGACGCUGGUGCAGCUGGGCCUGACGCCCGUGCUGGCGCGCGUGCGCGUGCACGUGCUGGCGCUGGCGUGCGAGGCGCCGUGCGUGCAGCUGCUGGCCGCGCACCUCGCGGCGCCGCUCGACGUGCGCUACCUGCCGCACGCCUUCAGGCCCGUCUGCGAAGUGUACACGAAACGCCAGAAUAUUCUCGAAGAAGCUCUGCGUGAAUUGACGAAUAUCGCGAAGCAAAGUAACCAAAGCCGAUCAGCCGACGAGACUCUCUUGUACGCCCUCUACUCCAUACCGGACUCGGUGUGUCGGAUUAUUACUUGAUAAAAACCUUAGCAUUUAUGUGUUUAGUGAAAUAACUCAAGUAUAUACGUGUUUAUGCCUAAGACGUAUUCGAGAAAAAUGUGUAGGUCGAUAACUCGAUUUGAAGUACAGUAAGUACAUCGUUUUUUAUUACGAAUUGAGAAAGAGAUACAAAACUGUUUUAAUCUUUUCCCGUUUGUAUAUCUAACCUAUUUCAACCACAAGAGAAGUAGAGACCAAUGAAUAACCUUGAAAUUUAAUUGACGCGAUGUAAUUGGUCGAGGUCUUGAAUCGAUCAUAUUUAUUGUGGAUGAAAAGUUACGUAUUUGAUUUGUACGAUGUUGAAAAGUUUGGUAGUGAAAUUAAAGUGGAUAUAAGUAUUUAAAUGGAAUAGUUUUGUAUUAAAAAUAAAGAUGGAUAAAUCAACAAUCAAGAAAUCUUUGUAGUGCAUAAUAUAGCGAAGCUAAUAGAUGGAAUACGAAAAUCUAAGGUUCAUUUAUAUCUACUCCAUCUUUGAUUGCAUCGGGCUUUUGAAAUUAUCUUGCGUUUAUCUUUUGUUUAUUUAAAUUCGAUGUUGUGUUUCCAAUGGAAAUUAAUCUUAAUCGUUUUGGAAACUAAAAACGCAUUGCAAGUCGGCAGUACCCUUCAAAUACGAACAAUAUAUACGCUGAAACAAUAAAAGGUUCGUAAUCGAUACGCUGGGAUAAGUAGUUGACAUGUUGAAAAUGGUUUUCGAUCAAUUUUGAUACUUGGUUUUUUUUUUUUUAAUUUAUUUAGUAAAUUAAUAUUUAUUUUCUUUUCGACAUUAUUUAAAAAAAUAUUUCUUUUACAUAAUAGUGAUUAUUAAGUUUUGACAGUUAACUUAAAUACAUAUAAGUAUUAUAAUUUUUAGUAAAAAUGUGCAAAGAUAAUUGUCGUAUGAGAUUUUUAAACUGUUACAAGUUAAUAUUUUAGACCACUGAUAUUUCUUUAUUGUUGAUCGCACAGAUUAUUACAAAAAAGCGAUGCCAAAUGUUGAACACAAUCUCUGUACUAAAUUAAUUUGACUGAAUUUAAAGUAUUAUUCUGUCUAUAGAAUGUUUUAGAUCUGCGGUGUGAAAAGGAUUAUAAUCCAAAUAUCUAUUAAUGUUAAAUCAAACAGAUUAUAUUCAAUAGAAUAAUUUAAAAAACAUCUAAAAUUAUGUUAGAAGACCUCAUUUUUGAACGUUGAUUUUUUUUUCGUACUUGUAGGGUGUUUAGUGAAAACGCAUGAAAUACCUGUAGGGUGUCUAGAUACAUAGUGCUUUGGACGGAAACGUCCUGCUGAUUGAUAUAGAGUCCCUUCUAAGACAUAAAAGCCUUCGCGGGACUCUUGGUAUAUUUGAACAGCGAAAAUAUAAGAGAGUACAGUCCCGUACGCAUGGCGACACGUCACCACACCGUAGACCGUUAGAAAUUUCAUGACGUCACCAGUCCGUCUGUUGUGUCCCAACAAUACCUUCAUAACCGAACCAAAGGUUUUAAAUUUUAACAGAGUUCGAACAAAAUACAUUUUUAGAUCUGAAUUUUGAUCGUUUUUAUAAAUUCGAAUAAGUAUAAUGAAAAAUAUGAGUAUAUAAGUAAACUCGCGCGUAAUUCGUUCAUUGUCACGGUAAUGACGACCAACUUGUGUAUGUUUAACAGUAAUGCCUUGCUGGGUGGUUAUGGAAUUUGCUCCUUUUCCUGAUGGUAAGCGAUCACCACCACUCGAAGCCAUCGGCGUCUUAAGAAAUAUUAACCAUUCCUUAAAUUGUUGUGUUCCGGUUUGAAGGGUGAGUGAGCCAGUGAAAUUUAAGGCACAAGGGACAUAACAUUUCAGUACCCAAUAUCAUGUAAGAUGUGAUUAAAAUUUCAUAACGUGCCCAAUAUCUUUUUGUGAACACUUACUACCCCAACCCAAAACUAUAGGUGGCCCAUUAGGACAGUUGCCUAACAAUGCCAUAAAAAAAUAAUCAGGAGAGUUCUUUUGUUUGUUUUUUAAUGUCUAGAAGAAAAUAAACUACUCAAAAAAUAUUCAUAAAACUUAAAAAUUACGCAAUGCGUUGCAGUAAAGGUUUUGCUUUUGCUUCACAGAUUCACAAGCUUAUAUAAAACUAUUAACGUGACAAGCGAAUCUCGCAUGAAAUACGCGAGAGCGUGGUUUUGCGCGCUGGGAGUGUUUAUAAUUCAACCUCGAUUUCACAAAAUAGGCUUCAUUCCAUACUCAUAUUGUUCAUUAUUCUUUUUUUGUUAUUUAUCUUAGUAGAAAAUAAAAUAUGUUGCGAUUAAUUUCAAAUUAUAACUAUUUAAACAGCUGUUUAAUCAUUGAGUUUGUUAUCGUUUUUUGUAUAUAAAAUAUUAAUUUGGUUACACGACUGUUACGUAAA